GUUUUGGCGGCCGCCUGGAGCCCCGCAGGACCCGCCCCUGCACUUGGCUCCGAGAAGAGUUCAAAGGCCUCUGCCCGCAGCCCCUGCUGCUGGCCCCUGGCGGUGGGGAGGGCUCGUCCCCUGGUCCUGGCGCAUGGGCGGCCACGAGGAGCCUGGCCUGGGACUCGGGCUCGUUGGCGGGGGUGAUACUGAUCCUGACCAGCGGCGGGAGCCUGGGACUGGAGCCCGCCCCGAGAUGUAUAUUUAAAUGCCCCUGGCUACUUAUCAUGUGGCCCUUGAUGGCUUGACAAAACUCAGCUCCAAAGAUGGAAACAUCCAAGAAGUAAACGUGACUCCCUGCCCGACACAGCCAUGCCAGCUCCACAAAGGGGGCUCCUACAGCAUCAACGUCACCUUCUCCAGCAAGAUUGAGAGCAAGGGCAGCAAAGCCAAGGUGUACGGGGAGAUGCUGCACGUGGACAUCCCCUUUCCCAUCCCUGAGCCUGAUGGAUGCAAGUCUGGAAUCCAGUGCCCUAUUGAGACGGGCCAUUCCUACAGCUAUCUGAACAAGUUGCCUAUAAAGAGCGAGUACCCCAGCAUCAAGCUGAUUGUGAAGUGGGUAUUGCUUGAUGAUCAAGAAGACAUGCUCUUUUGUUGGAAGAUUCCUGUGCAGAUCACCAGCUGAGGAGCUGGUGGGAGGGGGUGGGUACACAGAAGACAAGAUGGGCCAAAUUCUUUUUGCAUAGCAAAUACUUUCUGCCACCUGCUUUCAGGUUCUUUAGCCUCCAAGUGGCUGGUACUGGGUUCCCUCAGGGCUAAGUUACAGCUAUUCGGGGGCAGCAAUGAGCAAAAGGCUCUUACCCCAGCAGAGUCUGACAGCUGUGGCAUUGCAUGUAGCAGAGCUCUGAGUGCUUUGCAGAGGCUUCUGGGUACUUGAAAUGGAGCUCUCAUCUCAAAGGGAUUUCUCUGUGCAAUGAAAUGGGAUGAGUGUCAAAGCUGCUCCCUGUUAAUCCUUCAGUGCCUCAUGUGGUAAAAUGCUGGCUGUUGCAUCCCUCUGCAUCUCUCCUGUUCUCUUGGGACAGAGAUUCUGGAAGCUGCCUUGGCCAUCUGCAGCCAUAGAAGGGUGCAGAGAAGGGACUGGCACUUCCAUUUGUCUUCCCUGGCUGCUGCGUCCAUCCUGGACCCUACAAUGGCCAGCAAGUCUGCAGCUAUGAAAGUCUGCUUCCUCUUGGGGGAUAUCAAGCCAAACCACAUUCAGUGUCUCUGCAGGGAUGACUCUUAUUAACUAUCCUUUGCACUAUCUACUAAUUCAUAUGGAGCUGCUGUGGGCUUUUCCAAACCUAACCUCUUUUUUUUAACUUUUUCCUUUUAAUAAAACCUGAAUAAAAGUCUA